UGUCACAGGCCGCUGUUGUUGGAGCUGCUCACUACUAGUGCCGGGGCAUUGUAUCGUCUGGCACUCAAAAGGGGCAUGAGCUUCAGGAGUUGGUGUCUGACAGAGGCAUGCAACUAUGGUUCUUGUUACAUUCAUCUUGUGUCUCUUGACUAAUGUGAUCAAUAUUGUUUCGCUGUCGUGUCGCCAAGAAAACGCACACUUUUUGUUUAUACUGGAUUGCAGACGACAAAUAGAAGAACAGUGGCGGUUCACACAGGACACGAGGCUCAUUUUAAAAACAAGCGCGCAUAUUUGGAGCAAAAGUUUCGAAUAUUUGACAUUCUCUGCUGAAUCAGGCGUGUACGACCCGGAAGCUACGUUCGACGGGGACUUAGACAUAGACCAACUGAAACACAAAUGUACCGAAACGUUCCCCAUAGAAGACAUGCUGUAUCAAUCAAAGGAAAAAGAUUUCUUAAUGUCCUUUAUUUUUGUCUCUAACUUUACCCAGAAUGCAACAAUAUCAGACGACAUCCUGCAGACGAUACUAGUUGGUUUACAAGAGAACCAGAUGCUCAACACUUUUUUCCUAUUAGAAUCGUCUGAAAGAGAUUUACUUCCGGAGCACAAGUCUAUACAUUACUUCCGUUCCUUCCAAGACGCUAACUUUGAGGAUUUUUAUUCAUUAAUAUGCAAAUGCCCAAAUGAUAAAAAUACUAUCAGACAUUCGUACGCUAAUGUCCAGACUUCCUUCUACCAUCUCAUCAAUGGCCUAACCAUAAGUAACGUGGACGCUGGGACGCUGUGUGCGGAGAGAUACAACAGUUAUUUGGUCUCCUUUGAAUCGUAUGAAGAAAUAAACUUAAUCACAGAGAUGGUUGAAAACUAUACAAUAGAUAAUGAAAUAAACAAAACCCUUUUACACACUGGAUUAAAAUGGGGAUACCAGGGCAUUGCCUUACUUAUGGAUUCAAAAAACCCAUUUUGGUUGGACAAUAGUUUUAAUUACGUUAAAGGUAAGGAAUGUUUUGUCUUGAGAUUUUCGGGUAAAGGGGACACUCCUAAAGGUCUGGAUUAUAAUUUUCAACCAGUAGAAUGUAAUGAGGAUCAAAUCUCUGUCAUUGUCAUCUGUGAAUGCCAUCAGCAAAUCAAUAAUGAAGAAAUAUUUUCUCACGCAUCCUUACAAGAAAGCGACUUUGCAUUCACUAAUUUCGACAAACUUAUUGAUCUCUUAAAAGGCGAGUUUGUUUUUGAUUUCUCCGUCAGGAUUUCUGUAGAAUUUCAAAGUUGCACUAUUAACAACAACAGCUCAAGCGAUUACUUGCCCUCAAAAAUUUGCUCAGAAAUUGUGCUGAACGUAUUAGAAAGAGAUACUUUAAUGCAUCCAUCAAUUUCAGUUUAUUUUGACCAUUCUCUAAAGAGAAUUGGCAAAUUUAUUUAUACAAAGCAACGUAUUAGUGUUUCGAACUGUACACAUUAUAAGCAAUGUCAAGAAAAACAUCUCAAGCCGACUUCUGAAUCGUAUGAGGGCAAACUGUCUAUCUUGUGUGCCCAUGACACGGGUAAUACUACUAAUCAGGAAUCGUGUAAAAAAUAUGAAAUCGACUCCAGUAUACUUCUCGAUACUGUGGAACUCCAUGGAGAGUCACACUACAGAUGUAUUAAGUUCAUGGAUAGUACUUAUAACGAACAUCUAAAGGAUUGUAACAAUUUCGUCUGUCCGAAAGGGUUCAUUAAAUGUCCAAACUCGUAUUGCGUGUUCAUGCAUGACAUCAACGACGGUGUGCCUGAUUGCCCGUUUGGCGAGGAAGAGUUCGUGUUUAACCGUCUGGAACGUUUUGUCAGCGUGACAUUUCUGCUCAGUGAUGUUUGUAUCAACAGGGGCAAUGGUGGCACGCUCAAUAACACCUUUGUUUGCCGAGUCCCAUGCCCCUAUGGGCAUAGCUGUCUGUCAAGCAAAAGUACAAACAAUAAAGGUGAAACAUCAAUAGAGUACUACACAAUACACCUCCCACUGUACGUUGUGUCUGACUCCAUUCUACCCAUUGAUUUUAUUAUUAAACUCCCUGCGUUUGGUCUUAUCGCGUUGGAUGGUAGUGAUUGCAAAAGGACAGACUUUGAUACAUCUUUCAAAUUCUGGCGACUCUCCGACCUUUUGUGGCUUGAUCUUAGCAAUAAUAAUUUAAUUACCAGUGAAGAGAUGACGUUAUUUUCGAAACUGGAGAAAUUAUUAUUUCUAAAUCUGUCGUUCAAUAUAAAUUUGAAUAUUGACGGCGACUUUAAAUUUCCCGAGUUGCUAGAAACUAUUGAUCUGUCUCACACGAAAAUUUCGUCCUUAGGAGAUCAAUGUUUUCAAAGAUUAAGAAAUUUAAAACAUCUUAAUCUCAGCUUUACACAAAUAAUCAGAUUUAAAGAUAUGGGAAUACCAGAGUACUUUAUUCUAGAGAGCCUUUAUAUACAAGGAUUACAUAUGUCCGUUAUUCAAAUAGAUUUUUUCAAAGGUUUGACCAUAGAGUCUGGUGUAUGGACAAGCGAUUAUAAGUUGUGUUGCCCACAAAUAUUGAACAAGAAUAUAUCUGCGAACAAAUGUCAUUCUCCUAUGGAUGUCAUCUCAUCGUGUAAACAUCUAGUGGGUGAUGUCAUCAAAAGAGUUGUCAUUUGGAUAGUGGGUCUCUUUACUUUAUCAGGCAAUGGCAUUGUACUGGCUUACACCCUUGUUUUCAACAGACAGGUCUUGAAAAAAGCAUACGGUCUGUUUGUAACGGGUCUUGCAGUCUCAGAUUUCCUCAUGGGGAUCUAUUUAACCAUUAUUGCCAGCGUCGACAUUUACUUUCAAGACGUCUACGUCCUGGAGGAGAUUGAAUGGAAAAAAGGAUUUGUUUGUGCCUUGUCUGGGUUUUUAUCCACCUUCUCCAGUGAAACGUCGACCUUUUUCAUUUCUUUGAUAACAGUAGAACGCUUCCUGUGUCUAGCUUAUCCAUUUGGCGAAUAUCGUUUCUCGAAGUUUUCAACUUGGAUGUCAUUUGCGCUUUCUUGGAUGACAGCGUGUAUUCUGGCAUUGGUCCCAGUGAUUGUGUCUGAUUGGAAGAUUUAUUCCUCUAACGGACUGUGUCUAGCUCUCCCAUUCAGCUCCACUCUCACCAAAGGCUGGCAGUUCUCUUUUAUAAUAUUCAUUGGACUGAAUUUCGUUUUGUUUUUGCUGAUAGCGUUCGGCCAAGUCGCUAUAUUUGCUAGCAUUACCAGAAAUAGAGUCGCCGGGAGUAAUAAUUUGAAACUAAAAUCAAAAAGAAGAUCAGAAGAUCUAACUGUGGCCAAGAAAUUGGCCAUGGUGGCCAUAACGGACUUUUUGUGUUGGUUUCCGAUAGGUAUCAUUGGUUUGCUCUCUCUAAAAGGUUAUCGAAUAGAUCGUGAUAUUUACGCUUGGGUCGCUGUCUUUGUGUUGCCUGUAAACUCAGCAUUGAACCCAAUUAUCUACACUGUUCCAACUAUAUUCAACAGAUAUAGACAUUAAUAUUCUCGUUGAUCAUAUGUCAUCUGUUGAAUGCACUGGUUUAUUUUUUUUUUUUUGUUUUUGAAAAAAAAAAAAGAUUCUGGUCUCUUUUUUUUACAAUACCUCUAUUCAAGUCAGAACUUCGUAGAAACGUCAGAAACCUGGAUCCAGGUACCUGCACAGCUGAUCUCAAAAAUGGCUCAAACGAUUUUUCUAGAAAUUUAACAAUCAAUGUAGGCGCUGAGAAAAGAAUUAGGCCUACUGGCUCGUUAGCCACACGGGGAAAACUUUAGUUUGACAGUAAUAAUUUUUGCAAAGUAAAAAUAAAUAAAUCUAAAUAUGGCUUUACUUUACUUAGGAAAAAACAGAUUGAAAUCAGCCUUAGUGUACCGAAAUUAUACAAUGAUAGGGUAUAUUUAAAGUUGCUUAAAUUUUUUUUUGAAAGAAUAUCAAAGUUUACAAUUUUUUUUAACUAAAGCAAAAUAGAUAACAUCUAGAUUCGAGAUAUAGAAGUAGAUCUAGACUAGAUCAUUAAGAGUUCUACAUCAGAAGUCUAGGUCUAGUAUUAAAAAUGGAUGUCUAUAUUUUGAUAAUAUCGAUAAAUCGAUAUGCUAGGACAAAUUUGUACAAUUGCUCAUUUUCCCCUAGUGCUAUUAGAGCAUGGAAUGGGUUGCCCGAGCCAACCAGAAAAAACAACAACAGUGACUUAGCAGAAUUUAGGUCUUUGGUUAACAUGCGUGACAAGAUUGACCUAGGAACAAGUGUAGGAAGUUAUCAUCUUUUUUGAAGUAACAUCUGAAUUUUAUAAGAUAAGAUAAUCGAACUGAACGAUGUCCCGUAGGCUGAAUUGGUAUAGACACACUUUCACAGAGUUAAAAUCAAGUGUUUGAAACCUGUUAUAAACCCACAU